AUGAUGACUUCAAAUACUGAAACACUUUCACGAGGACUCUUGAUCUUGGUCGAAGGCAUUGACAGAUCAGGGAAAUCUACUCAGGCACAGAUUCUAGCAGAAUCACUUCCCUCUCUUCUUUCCGCUCACACUACUGAGAAUUUUAAAGCCUCUGUGGCCCGCUUCCCAGACCGCACUACGGCCAUUGGCAGUGUUAUUAAUACCUAUUUAGCUUCGCCUACAGCAUCUGGAAACAGCAUUGCUGGAUUGCGUGCAGCCCAUAAUCUUUUUUCAGCAAACCGAUGGGAAGCCGAACCUUCAUUGCGUUCGCGAAUAGCAGCAGGGGAGCAUUUGGUUCUAGAUCGGUACGUGUACUCAGGGAUUGCAUACAGUUACGCAGCGUCUAGAGUAUACUCGCAAGAGAAUGAAUCAAAAGAUAUCGAGCCAUGGCUAUGGGCACCAGAUUCUGGACUUCCUGUCCCUGAUAUGGUGAUUUUUUUGACUUUGGAUCCAGAAGAGGCUUCACGGCGCGGAGGGUAUGGCGAGGAACGGUACGAGAAGCGAGAAAUUCAGGCACGCGUUCGUGAAACUUAUUCUUCAGUGAUUAAACCAAGUCAUGAAUCUAAUUAUGAUAAAACUGUAUCGCCAUGGAUAGAAAUUGAUGUAAGUGGGUUGAACGUGAAACAAGUACAAGAGCGGAUUGCCAAUGAAGUCGUGGCAGCGGUGGAACAUCGGCUUGUGGCAGGUACAAUCACAUCAAAACUCCCUGUGUUUGAUAAAAUCAUUGUGUAA